GAAAAAGACUGCAAAAAUUCUCGCUCACUUUGUUGAUAAGUUCACUACUCGAACUUGUAUGCAGUUACAAAGAUAAAGUAUGGUCACGAAGAAAUAGACCCAUUUUUCAGAUCAACUAACCUAUGACUAAGACUCCUUUCCAUCAGUCUAAUUGAGUUCAAUAUGUCAGGCUAUACUCAAGAUCAAGCUUACUAUGGUAAUGGAUACCAAAAAAGUAUAUCGGAAACUCAUUCUUGGAGAACAGCUGAAAAUUCAUGUGCUUAUAUGCUCUCUUUUAUCAAAUCAACCGAUGUUAUACUAGACGUUGGGUGUGGUCCAGGAUCCAUUAGUUGUGAUUUAGCGAAGCAUGUUCCUAAUGGGAAGGUGGUUGGUAUCGAGCCUACUGAGCAAUUGAUCAAAGAGGCAAAUAAUCACAAGUAUUCUAAUGGAGUCAAGAAUGCCGAAUUCAAGAUCGCUUCUGCCUAUUCUUUACCAUUCGAAGAUAAUUCUUUUGAUAUAGUGCAUUGUCAUCAAGUUUUAAUUCAUUUAGAAGAUCCAGAAACUGCUUUUAAAGAAAUGGUAAGGGUUUUGAAACCAACAGGAUAUGUAUGCUCCAGAGAAGCUGAUCUUAGGGCAACAUCGGUCUAUCCACCAAAGUACGAAGACACUAUUGUAGAAUACUUCUUAUUGAAGACAAAGAAUUCAUCUACUUCUGAUAAUAGAGGAAGGUCACUAAGAGAUUUGGCAUUAAGUGCUGGAAUAAAACUGAGGCAUAUUCAUUCUACUGUUUCUACUUGGUGUAUAUCCAAUGAUGAUGACCGAAAAUGGUUUAGUGAGAUGUUUAUUAAAAGAAUGAAAGAGGCGAAGGAAGUCUUGGUUAAAGAGGACGAAGAAGCAAAUACCAGAAAGAGAGAGGAAAUUAUUGAUUCUUGGAAUGAAUUCAUAGAUGACGUUAGAGGUUGGCUCUUGUUCGUCCAUGGUGAAGUUAUCUGUCAAAAAGAAUUCUGACAAUUAUUAUAAUAAAUUAUGACUACUUGUGAAAAUAAAUAUCAUAUAUAUGAAUAUAUCUAAAUAAUUAUGGAUAAUCAC